UUCAGUCGACGCAGAUCCUCGCAAGUGAACUGAGUGCCGCAGUUGAGCUCCUUCCACAAAAGAUGCGUGUGGUUGUAUCAAUCUUUUGGAUGGUGGCAGCGACGGCGUGGGCACUGGAGGAAAACAACUUCUUCGAUGAACAUUUUCCUCCUCUUCAGCCUAACUGCACUCAGAGUCUCACAGAUCUUCUCUUGCUGCGCCAAGAAGUCCUGCUGAAAGAACUGAAGCAGGCCGAGCAAGUGUCUGCAGGAGUCUUGAGGGAGAUAGCGGACAUCUUGACUGACAAAAAAAAUUCCUUCACGUCUGGAGAAGUAUCCUGUCCUGGUAACUUCAGAAAAUGCGGCGACACUUGUUUGUAUCUUGCCUUAGACACCGGAGUGAGUUGGGAAGCCGCUCGAGUUUUUUGUCAAGGCCUGGGAGGAGAUUUGGCCGUGUUUCGAGACGCCAAUGAAUUCGCAGAGGCUCUCAAAUACGUCAAAAGUUCGGUCGCUGUAAAGGGAACGCCUGUGUGGGUGGGCGGAACAGACCGCAUAGAAGAGGGGGAAUGGAGGUGGGUCUCUGGGGAAGACAUGCCGAGAGGAACGCCCUUUUGGGGAGAUUAUAACUACGUGCGCGAACCAGCUGAAGGCACAUCGGGGAACUGCGCCGCCCUGUAUGGCCCUGAUGGUUUCUUGAUACAUGAUGGUGUUUGUCAAAAUCCAUACAAGCCUCUCUGUGAGAUUAAGUUGAUAAAUAAUUAAAUCAAUACAAUCUGCAUUUGUUAAACAUUUGUUUACAUUGUUAUUUGUACUCAUUAGUUUCAAAAUGAAAAAUGUAAAUUCCUGUUGAGAAAUGUAUCCUGUCAAGCACUGUUGCUAAACUCCUUCGUAACCGGAGAGAUUGCCAUAAAAAAAUAUAUAUAUGCAUAAAGAUGUGUAUAUAUGUAUCUCUUUAUUUUCAAAGAAAAAAAAAUCAUACGCCUCAUCCAUGGGUUAACUAAUGAAUCUUCAAAAAAAAGCUUGCGGAUCAUCAUAAAUAGUUGAAGUCAGAUAUGUCUAUGCUUACUCUUUUGCGAAUAAACAUGACAAAUAUC